GUUAUAAUGCCAAGAACUCCAUGAUAGACAAUCACUUGUAAAAGGUAUAUAAGCCCGAUCUACUUCACACUCCACUCUUCCUUCUCUUCCACAACAACAUCUUUUAAUUCUAAAAUUUGAACAAUGGCUGAUCAACAACCCCCUCAACCACAAGGUGGUCAACAAGACGCUCUUGACAAAGGUAUCAGCGCCGCCUUGGACAAAAGUGGUCAUCACCAACAAAACAGCACCGUCGAAAAGAUCUCUGAUGGUGUCCGUUCAGCAUUCAAGAAGGUAACCGGGUCCGACGUCCCGAUCGCUGAUAAGCAGUGAUCUGUUUACGAGCAGAUCUUUGUCAGAAUAUCUUCCUCUUUUUCCGUUUAUGACAACACAACGAUUAGUCUUCUAUAUGUGAGAUACCUUAUAUCUUUCUCAAUUUAUUAAUGACAAAC